AUGAAAGCAAUAAGAUUGAUAGGAGAAACUCAUUAUUAAGAAACUUCAUUAAGUUAAUUAUUAGCAUAUUAAGAAACUUCUAAAUAGAAUGAAAAAACUUAGACAUUAUUUAGAGAAGAAUCUAAUAAAGUAUCUAUGGAUCAUUCUCUUCAAUUUUCUUAAUCUAGAAUAUCAAAAUAAUUUAGUUAAAAGUAUUCAGAAUAUUAGAGCAAUUAUGUUUCUCAAAUAUCUAAAUUGAAAGCAGAUUCAGUUAAUAUUCCAAAUUCUAAAUAGAAAGAUUCUCAUUCUUUUGAUUAAAUAAUAAAUAUAUUUUAUUAAGAUGAAGAGAAUAAAUAAUAGAAAAGACUAAAUUAUUAAACUACACCAUCAUAAUCUAAAUAUUAAUUACCUCAUUUCCCAAAAACAGCAAUUAAUAAUAUUUUAGGUAUUAUAUCAUGAAUAAUCUAAAUAGGCUUUCCAAUAUUUUUAUUUACCUUGUUUAUAAGCACUAAAUAUACUAUAUUCGUUUUUCUAUAAUGUUAGCUAUUACUAUAUACAAUUAUUAAAUUAAAUUAUUUUAUUAUUACAAAAAGAAUUUGUUAAUAUUAUGUGCUAUAUGUAAUUUAUUUAUUAAUUUUGUAUAUAUAUUUUAUUCAUAAUAAGCUGUGUAGCUUAGAGUCAUAAUUUUUCUCUAUAAUAAUAGUGCAAAUGGAAAUACUUUAUUGAAUGAUCCUCGAGAUAUAACCUACAUCAUCCAAUCUCUUCCUAGAUUUUGGAACAGAUCCUCUAUCCCCUGUUUAAAUACCAGUCUUUUGUAUCAACUAAAAUGUAAAGUGAAAUAAUUAAAUUUUCAGCAACUGAAAGAUGCUGUUCUAGAGUUCUAAUAGCAGAUUGCGAAUAUCAAAAUAUUUAAAUUUUGGAAAUGAUUCUAUCAAGAUUUAAAGUAAAUUCUUAAAGAGCAUUUAGUACUGAAGAUGUAAUAAAGUUAUUUGAAACAAAAAAAAUGUUCAUGUGGUAAUAUUGGAUUUGUUUUGUAUUUUAUAAAUGUGGAUUUACCAAAAAGAGGAGGUUUAUGGUUAAGCAGAUACAUUAAGGAUAAAAUGACCUAAAAAGGAUAUAUAAUUGGAACAACAGGACUUAUUGA